AUUACUUCAAAUGCUUCUAGUAUUUCUUUAGCCAGUUGCAAGAAAAAAUUGCCACCACAAAAAAAACAUGACCAAAGAAGCAACAUGGUUAAUGUACCAAACCUGUUUGGCUCUUCUAGUCUGUUUAUUACCGAAGGUCAAAACAACCACUGAAAACCCAGAACUUUCAUCUGAACAUGAGGAAUUUUUCAUGAACUUGACACAUAAUGUUGAAAAUAUUGGAACAUCAUCGAGUAUCAUUUUUAAUAAGAUUCUAUUUGGAGACACACAAAUACCUGACAUGAAUGAAACUGUUACCAGCAAUAGCAGUAACGGUAGUAUCAGUAGUAUUGGUAACAACACCAACAGCAAUGACAGUAGCAUUAACAACAGCAAUGGUAGCAGUACUGACAUCGGUGACAAGCUAUUGGUAUCUACUGAUCAAGAUAUCAUCAUGGAGCCACCAGGCUGGGAACCUGUGAAUUCAAUAAUAAUUACAAACUGUUCCAAUUCAAAAAGCUUCAGCCUCAAGUUGUAUGAUGACGUGUUUCACUAUUAUGAUGAUAUAAAUACAUUUUUUCUUUUGGCAAGUCUUUCACAGCAUGCAGCUUUUAGUCUUGCAGAGGACAUCCUAAAUAUAUUUGAAAUAUAUUUCAGUAUGGAUAAAUGCCAACUUGAAAUUGUCAUGGCAAUAAUUUAUAUGGGAGUUACAAGUGACAGUGUCUCUCAAUCUGAGGUAAAGUAUGUGAUUUAUUAUGAUGGCGUUGUUACAAAAAUAAUUGACACAUCCGAGAAGAUAGUCACUGAAAAAUUAACCAACUACCCAAUCAAGCUCAACUAUCCUACAACAGUAAAUCUAAAAGAGGAUCACUCUACCACAGCUUUACCCACAUCUCUUGAUCCCAAGGGACAUAAUAAGGGUUUGCCAUGGUCACUGAUUAUUAUCCUCUGUGCUAUCUUUACAAUCAUCAUUCUUCCUAUAUCAGUAAUUUUCUUCCUCUGUCAAAGAAGGAAAGGUCAUUAUAAGAUGAAAAAUGUCACAACUUCUUCUGAAGAAGAACAAGGAGCAGAAACGAAUGAUGAAGAAACUAUAUCUUGUGAAGGACAUGUCAUAGAGUUAAAAAAUCUUAAUGAAUCAUAUCAUAUAGUCCCAUAUUAAAAUAUAAUUUGAAUUUUCAUGAGUAAAAAGAAGCAAUGCAUUUUCUAAAACAUUAUUUAGCCCACAGGAGAAUUCCUUGAAAUGUUUAAUGAGUGAAAUUGGUAUCAACAAAGUGAAACCAAAGAGACGAUACCACCUUAUCUCCCCUGACACUCAGACAAAAAAGCAAGGGUCAAAAGCAUAGAAAUCCUUCACUCAUCGUAAUAAUUACAUUUUCCAAACUCUUGCAGACAUAGAUUAUCACCAGUUUCAUGGAGUUCUAAGUUUUUAACCAAUUUUUACUCUACAUUAGUUACCAACAACAAAAUAAAUAUUUCAUAAAUACUUGAGAAAUUUAGUCUUUGGAUACAAAUUUGACAAUUCACCUAUUCAGAUUAUAAACUUAUGUUUCAAUCUUUAGUCUGUACCAGCUGUCAUCAAUCCCUAAAAGUGAUAUUUAGAAAAUAAGGGAAAGUAUAGCCACUAGUCAUUAAGAAGUCUUAAAGACAAGAAUUAUCUCACUAUUUGUGAAUUAAAAUCAUGCAUGGAUUAUUUAUCCACCAAGCUAUGAGACAUGCAUGGUUCCAGUUCUAAUAUAUUUGUAGAAGUGUGCACAUUUAAUGUUUAAUAUAUUUUUUAAUAACUGGAAAAUGUUAAUAAAGAUAACUGAAAAAUUGGAGGAAAAUAAACAAAUAAACAACUAUUAA